AUGACGAGCGACACGAUUCGACGAACACUCGACGAACUAUUAUUGGAUAAGGAUGGAGGAAGUGGAGAAAAUGAGGCGAGAGCGUUUUUUCUCUCCCAGAUAUUGGAACAGUUGAAGGGGAUUAGUUCGCAGACCGACGCUGAACGCCAGCUCAAAAAGCUUCAACUUCUUGACUCCAACGAGAAUCUAGUCCAUCAAUCUCCGCCCCCUCCACCCCCUCCUCCGCCUCCACCAAUUAUUCAAAUGAAAGCUCCGCCCCCUCCCCCGCCCCCUCUCCUGAUAGCUCCACCUCCUCCACCACCUCCACUAACCUUAAAGGGACCGAAAAUCCCAAAAAUAGGUCAAGGUCUUCCUGCGAAACUAAAAGCCGAGUGUCCAAAUUCAUUUAUUCCGAAAAAAGAGAAAAAGACGAAAACGCGGACGGUGCAAUGGUCGAAAAUCAAUGCGAACACUGUGUUGGACGACAGUGUAUGGGGAAAACUGGCAAAAGCUUCCGAUGUGGACAUCGAUUUUGAUUUAUUGGAUAAUUUCUUUGGAAUUGAGACGCUUGCUGCUCAAGGUUCAUCAGAAAUAGGGAUCAAGAAGGUUAGGGUUUCUGGAAAAAAGAAAAAAAUCAGAAUCUUUCAGAAGACGUCCCGAAAAGAUGCGCACGUCGAGUUGCUCACUUCUAAACGGAGUCAAAAUGUGGCGAUCAUGCUGAAACAAUUCAAAAAUAUCGACGAAUUCAUCGAAAAUGUCAGCUCAAACAAACCUGUUGCUGAAAUUGACGCUCUUCAGAAUCUAUUCGGAAUGUUGCCACAAAAUGAGGAGGAAGAAGCGCUGAAACGAUACACCGGAGAUAUCUCAUUGCUGUCUCCACCCUCCUCGUUUUUCUAUCGACUCGUUCAAAUUCCAUUCUAUCGAUUGAGAAUAGAAACUCAAAUCUUCCUCGGUGACUUCUCGCGACUAAUGAGAGAACUGGCACCCAAUGUGGAAGUUUUGACGAGUGCGAGUCAAGAAAUCCUAAAAUCUCCAACACUACCACGUCUUCUGCUGAUUCUGGUGAAUAUGGGAAACUAUUUGAAUGGAAAUAACGCCCAAGGAAAUGCAUUCGGAUUCACACUGAAUUCCAUGUGGAAGCUGAUUGAUUUGAAGGGGAAUAAACAGGAAUUUUCGUUGCUUCAUUUGCUGGUGACGUGUGAACCGGAUCUUGUUACCAGUCUUCAAUCAGAACUCUCCACUUUAAAAGAAGCUGCUCAAAUCAGUUUUGAUGAAAUCAAGACCUCUCUAAAAUCUCUUAAAGAUAAUAGAAUCAAACUGGAAAGACAAUUGGAAAAGUUAUCAGACGACGAAGAGUUUCAGCAAUUCCUGGAGUUGAUAAAAAUCGAUUGCAGUUUUGAAUUGAAGGAUUUUGAGGCGAAAUAUGAUUUAUUAAUUGAUCUACAACACCAAUUAGCCAACUAUUUUUGCGAGAAUCGAAACACUUUUCAAUUGGACGAAUGUCUGAAAAUAUUCACAUUUCUACUGAAUCGACUACAUCAGACAUUAAAGGAACACGUGUCCAGGGAGAAUCGAAAAUUGAGGAAGGAGGAGAAAAAAGUGGAAAAAGAAGAGAAAAUGGAGCAGAAGCUAGACAAAAAAUCUGUGAACAAUGGAGAUCUUUUUGAGACACUUACGGCUAAUGGGACAUCCAGUGAUCCAUGUGAAGUAACCCGAAAACGAGCAAGCGACAUUCUGGACGUUCGUCAGAAACUUGGAAAUAUCCGUAUCCGAAAACUUCGAGAUGUCACUACAGAAAGGUACAGUAACCCAGUUUCAGCUAAAAAUUCAGCUGAAAACACUCUAAUUUCCAGCUUCACACCUCCAACACCACCACUGGAAAGUCCAACAGAUAGUACUGGUAGUAGUAAAGAAAAUGAUGACAAAAUCCCGAAGAAAACAUCCACCAACUAUGAUAUGUGCAACGAUUUGGAGAGCUAUAUUUCAAGUUUGACCAAAAAGCUAAAUUCAAAUUUUCAGAGAGCCAGCCAUAUCCAAAAAGAGCCCCCAAAGGAGCAAAAGCCAGAAACUCCGAAACCAGAAGAACCGAAGAUUUUAAUAAAAGAGAAGCCAGCGGAACCUCUGAAAACUGCCAAGAAAAUCGAAAAAUCCCCAGAGAAAAUUCUAGAAAAAACUCCAGAAAAGCCAAGAAUCAUUCCGAAGCCCUCUCUUAAAACGCCAACUUCUAUAAUUCGUCCCAAAAUCUCGACUCCAUCAUCGACAACUCCAGAAAAGGUCCGAAUUGUGAGUGUCACGACAAGCAAUCCAGCACAUUCGAAACUUGCGGAACUUCGGAAGCCUGGAGCAAGAACACCGCCUGGGAAUCAGAAGACGUCGAAUACAGUACCCAAGGUUACUGUACCUCCGCCUGUGAGCCGUGGAAUUCAGGCUCCAUUGAGUCGAAGAAUGAGUGCACCAGUUGUUAGAAAGCCAACAAUGACAGCUGAGAAGAAGCGGGAGAUCACCAUGAAACCGUCAGUGUCCACUUCUGCUCGUCCCAGUCUUAUCAACACCAGUUCUCACCCAAUCGUCCGUUCUCCAUUACCCAAAAUGAGUGUUCUCGAGAAGCCGAAACCUCUCCGUAUCACCAGACCUACAGUAAUCCCUCAACUACCUGCCACGCCACGAACUAGUGGCAUCAGACAGCCGAGUGCCGUUGGAAAUGGUCCCAAACCCAAAUGGGUGUGA